GAGAGAGAAAGCUCAGAAUACUUUAGAUGCCGUUGGGGUUUUUCUGUGUGAAAGUAACAACCCAAUCAUGGCAACUCGCAGCAUUUCAGGCUGGUUUCUCCUCUGUCUACUUUCAGGUAAGUGAUGCUCGAUAGUAAAUAAGUAAAUGAAUAGGAUUUACAAAAAAAAUAUUUUUUUCAGUUCUACUCAGUACUUCCUUUUCUCUCAUUUUUUUAGCCAGUGAAUGCAGUCACGUCAUUGGUAUUGAGGGUCAGAAUAUCACUCUGCCAUUUAAAUAUGAUGCCAAAUCUCAUGGUCUACAAUACAUAUGCUGGGGGAAAGGAAACAUACCGAGUACUGGUGGUUGUAACAAUGAAAUCAUCUCAACUGAUGGACCUGAAGUGACAAGUAGAUCCUCAGUCAGGUAUCAGUUGUUGGGUGAGCUGAAGACGGGGGAUGUCUCUCUAACCAUCUCCAAUACCACCGAGAAAGACUCUGGAAUUUAUGGAUGUCGAGUGCAAUACCCUGGAUGGUUCAAUGAUGAGAAAUAUAACGUCAGGUUGACCAUUGAGAAAGGUAAAGAAUACACAACAUGCCAGGAUAUAGCUUGAUGCUUUACUGAUGAGAAUUGUGAGCCUACUAAGGAAUAGUAUGAUUUCACAGCAUGUAUAUACUUGUUCAAGCAGUUAGUAUUCUAUUGCUGUCUGAUUUCAGCACCUGUCCCAACGACAUUCCAGACAUCUGCCAAUGUGACCAUAACCCCACAGAUCAUUGACAACCACACACACGGUAUGGUACACAGCAUACAGAAUAACAUGGUGUCAGUCCAUAGAAGUCUUAUUUUCAUAUAAAAAAAAAAAAAAUUUUGCAGUAUUAUUCUUACGUGUGAAAACAUACUUUUACUUCCUCACUGUGUAGGUCAUGUGACCACAAUAUCUACUGAGUAUUCGUACACAUCCACGCUACAUUACAGCAAAUCAGAAUCAGUAAGCGUGACAAACACACCGCAAUUCCCGCAAAAAUAUGAUACACUGCUGUGAGAUGCCGUUUUAACUGAUGUGAAUCUGUGAUGUCUACAGGAGACGGGAGGUCACAAGCUGGCUGUGAUCCUGGUGUCCAUUCUGCUGGUUCUGACAGGUGUGGGGAUUGUGUGUGUACUUGUCACGAGUAAGUACACACCAUCUGUACCUCUGCCUGUAUAAUAAGAACUAAUUCUCUCGAUUAACAUCUCGCUGAUGUAAUUGCAGGAAAGCGAUGGGAAAAAAUUGCCACGGUACUCCAAAUGUAAGUAGGAUACGUCAUGACUACUAUACCUCUUCCAACUGACAGAGUAGAUGAAUCGCCACAGUAUGCCAAGAGAAUGACUGAGCCACUGUGCGAUAUCUCUCGAUGGGACAUGCAGGCCUAAUUAGCAAAACUGUUAGGUGUAUGGUAACUGUCUGUGAGGUAAUACUGUAAUUAUGACUAAUGAGACCCAAGACCACAAUAGAUUGAGGAAGCGACCCAAGACCACAACACACUGAGGAAGUGAAGCAAUCGUGAGGUUUUAGUGGCUGGAAUAGUGGAGAACAAAUGGAGGGUUACUCAGUAGCAGUGCAAAUAACACGGUACAGCUACAUGGACACUCAAUCAUUAUGGUACUUUUUAAUGGUAAGUUUACAAACAUAUAUUAUGAUAAAUAGAAUUGAAACUUGUAUCUCAUUAUGGUAAAUGGUGAAAUAAGUAUAGCCAGUUAUAAUUGUAAUAGCUUAGCAGAUAAUAAGAAAAGACGAUCAGUAUUUACCUGCUAAAAGGUAGAUUAUUUUAAGUAUGUUAGUGGACCAUAAACAGAUUUGGCUCAUUAAUCUAUACGGUCCAAAUAAUGAUGAUCCACACUUCUCUUAAAUUAUUUAUAAUGAUUUAUCAAGCCUACAAGCAAUACAAGACUCUAUUAUUAUGGUGGGAGAUUAUAAUAUGGUUUUAAAUACCUCAAUGGAACGUAAAGGAAAUCACACUACAAACUAUCACCCUCAUGCACUUAAGGAAAUCACGAAUAUCAUGGAUAUGUUGGAACUAGCGGAUAUAUGGAGGUUUAAAUAUCCUGACCUAGUGAGAUAUACCUGGCAGAGACUCAAACAAGCUGGUCGUCUUGACUACUUUCUUAAGUCAUUCUCGCUGGCACCAAAAGUUUAAAAAGUGUUGAUAGAGGUCAGAAUGCGGUCAGACCAUCAAAUAAUUGGCAUAUAUAUUACUCUUAAUCAACUCCUAUUGGAUGACAACUUGUUUAUAACCAGGACAGAAUAAUUUAUAACUGACUUUUUCCGACUUAUUGUAUGGGACACUUUUAAAUGUUCCUUUAGAGGCCAUGCAAUUCAAUACCCAUCUUUAAAACAAAAGCAAUUUAGGUCAAAAGAGUUCAUACUAACAAAGGAAAUAGAAGGUCUAACAGAACAGAUAGAUAGCAAUAAAAACUGUACCACAUAGGCACAGAAUAAGUUAGAGGAAAAACAAAAAGAAAUGGAGGAACUUACUCAAGAAAGAUCAAGUGUAAUAUAUGAUAAAAAAUAAAGUGAACUGGAUGGAAUAUGGGGAAAAAUGCACCAAAUUAUUUAUUUAUCUUCAACAUAGAAAUACUACCAAAAAUAAUUUACUGAAACUUACAAAUGAGUCACCCAUGAUUCAGCAAACUAUAUUUUGAAAGAGGAAGCAAAGUACUUUAAGCAUAUGUUUUCGUUUCAGUGUCCAUCUCAACUAACCGAAGUUAAUUGUAAGGAAUUAUUUUCUAUUAAUAAAGUAAAAUUAACAGCUGUGCAGAAAGACUCAUGUGAAGACCAAAUUACAGAGGAGGAACUUCUUGAUGCAAUUAAAGCCUUUAAGUCCGGGAAAACUCCAGGGCUGGAUGGCAUACCAGUUGAGGUAUAUCAAACCUUUUCUGAUGUGCUCAGAGGACCGUUAUUAGCAUGUUUUAACCACUCCUAUAAAAAUUCUAGAUGAUCAGAUACUCAACAAGAAGGUCUGAUGUCCUUAUUACUGAAACAGGACCGAAGUGGUGAAUAUAAAGAUCCAGUCCAUAUCACUGUUUUAAAACAAGCCAUAGAAAGUUGGUUGCAAUUUCAGUUUAAUCCACCAGAAAAGUCAGAACAAAUAUUACAACGCAUUUUAUAGUUAAACUCAAAUUUACUAAUUGAUUAAAAAAACAUUAUUUUUGGAAAGAAUGUUUAAAAACGGUAUAGUCUAUCAUAAAUAGGAAUGGUGGAGUUCUGUCACAUUUGCAGCUAACAAAAAUAUAUGGAAAUGUCUGCUCUACCCAAAAUUACAACCAACUAAUUGCAGUAUUACCGCAUAAAUGGAAGAGGCAAGUGGAAGGGGGAGAAAGUAAGGAACUUGUCUGUUGGCCCUGCAUUAAAGACCAAACUUUGGUUAAAGAAAAUUGUGAUUCAUAAAAAAGUUGGGAAGAGAUUUUCGAUGUACUGAUUCCAUGGCACAUGGUUUAUGAACUGAUACACAAAACCACGCCGGAUUCAAAACUUAGAGUUUUUCAAUUUAAAUUAUUAUACAGAAUUCUUGCAACCAAUAUAAUGGUAAAUGUAUGGGGGAUACAACCAUCCCAGCUCUGCAGAUUUUGCUUGUUUUUGGUCGCAGGUUCAGGAAUGGCUUAAGAAUUUGUUCUUAACUGACUUGCCUAGUUAAAAAAAGGUUAUAUAUCAAAAAUAAAAUAAAUGAUUUGCAACAUUUACCUGGAGCUUUGCAAAUAGCACUGCUGGGUGAUUUGAAAAGUCAUAGUCAAUGGAUCAAUAAUAUAAUAAUACUCUUAGCAAAAAUGUUUAUCUUUAAUUUAUAAUCUGUAGAAACUAUAAGAAUAGAAAGGUUCCGAACAUUUGUGAAACAUCACAGCACAGUUGAAAAACAUAUGGCCAAUACAAAUAGAAACUGGAUGGUGUUCAGAGAUAGAUGGGAGGGGUUGAGGGUAGCUGAAGGAUGGGACUAAAAACAAACAGAAGAUAACUAUUAUAAAAUAUACUGUGUCCAUAAAAUGUAUAUAGUAUGUAUAAACUGGAAGUAGAAGCCUAAGUGUUGUUGUCCAUUAGUUCUUGAAAUGUUCCAUAUUGACUGACCUUCAUGUCUUAAAGUAAUGAUGGACUGUCAUUUCUCUUUGCUUAUUUGAGCUGUUCUUGCCAUAAUAUGGACUUGGUCUUUUACCAAAUAGGACUAUCUUCUGUAUACCACCCCUACCUUGUCACAACACAACUGAUUGGCUCAAACGCAUUAAGAAGGAAAUAAAUUCCACAAAUUAACUUUUAACAAGGCACACCUGUUAAUUGAAAUGCAUUCCAGGUGACUACCUCAUGAAGCUGGUUGAGAGAAUGCCAAGAGUGUGCAAAGCUGUCAUCAAGGCAAACGGUGGCUACUUUGAAGAAUCUCAAAUCUCAAAUAUAUUUUUAUUUGUUUAACACUUUUUUGUUUACUACAUGAUUCCAUAUGUGUUAUUUCAUAGUUUUGAUGUCUUCACUAUUAUUCUACAAUGUAGUAAACUUGAAUGAGUAGGUGUGUCCAAACCUUUGACUGGUACUGUAUAUAUUUACAAAAAUAUAUAUAUGGGGGAUUGGAAAUGAUGCAGACAAUUACAUUGAUGGAUCUGCCCCCUAAAAAUCUAAUUAAAAACAAUAGGGCUUCUACAUGCUGUGUGCUGUCGGUGUCGUUAAGAAAUCUGACUUGAGAUUAUGUGACUGGCCAAUAUGGCAUCGCUUUGCCUUUUAGAAUCUAAUACACAACACGCGUACAGUAUUCUCAAUACCGUACAAAACAAGUAGGCCUAAAUUAUCCUAAAUAAAUCAAAUCAAUACAAACUUUAUUUGCAAUGUCAGCUUUUACACCAACACGCCAAAACUUUUCUCAGCAUAAAUUCAACUGGAUUGGAAAAAACCACUAGAGUGAAACUAAGCAAUAUAAUGCAGAAGGAGAAUACAGUAUGUCAAGCUACAGCAUGCGUGUCUCUCUUAGCUUUGCAUUUAUUGGUCUUUCCUUUAUCAGACCACAGCACUCUGGCGGCUCGGUCCUGUACAUAAACUCAGUGUCCAGCUUGGCACUGCACACUCGAGAGACGGCCGUAGAGAACGUCUAUCAAAUAGAGGACAACGAGAGAGAGAACUAUGAAGAAAUCUCCUGACGAAGCAUGGACACUUCACCACCACGCUCAUGCUGUUGACACUGUGCAGUGUGCAUAGUGUAGUAGCUCUGUGUUACAAGGCUGAGGCUGACUUAUAGUCUAACGAUUCAGUUGGACAAGACAAACGUUACUACAGAAUCAGUAGUGUUCUGCUGAUAAGUGAAGCAACACAGUUGAUUUGUUAUUGAAAGGUUUGUUUGAUAAAAAGGGCUUACUAAUAUGUCUCCCUGUGUUUAUUCAGCACUAACAAUGUAUGUUUCAAUUGAUUACGAUGACUGGAUUAUUUUUGAUGUAAUAGCCUAAAAGCGACAAAAAAAAUAUCAUCAGCUUUAAUGCCUGAUGCAAUGAAAAGCAGUAACUUUGCAGAAAGUGAGAUAUCGCUUCCUGAAUGAGCUGUUUCUAUCCUCGUCACCAUGACAUUUAGCUACACCCAUCUGCAACAUCCCCCAGGCAUACAAAGGCAGCUAAGUUGAAAAGUCUCACAUAAUCACAGCAUUAUUCAGAAAUGGUGUUCUUUACCCAACUUUGCGGUGUACUGUCUCGUUCAAACCCAACCUGUUGCAUGACAAUAAAAACUCUAACUUGAA